AUGGCGGUGCGGCGGCAGCUGCAGGAGCUGUUCCAGGACCCGCAAUUCGGCGGGGCCAUCACCGUGGAGCGACCGCCUACUUACAAUGUAUUAUCUUGUCGGUCAUGUGGCUCGGUCGUGGGCUUCAUUCUUUACUCUUCGUCCAGUGACCUGGCGUAUCUCCGAGGCUUUUUCUGUUUCUUCAAGGACAGCAUCCUCUGUUACCUCUUAAAAAACCAAAUGAUAAUAGAAGCUUCUAAGGUGAAUUUUCCUGCUGUGACCUUAAAGGAACAACUGAGGAAACUGAAGGAAAAGCUUGUGGAGGUCCACAUUCGCAUAGAAUUGCUGAUGAAGAAGCUGGAGGAACUGGAGCAGAAGAAUAAUGUGGCAGAAAGGCAAAGCUCUGCAGCAGAUGCAGUCAGCCUACUGCCAGGAUAUACCAUAGUCAGGGUCAACUGA